GCAAAUGGAUUGUUGAGGUGAGUGAGUGAGUGAGCGAGAAAGAAAGAAAGAAAGAGAGGCUCAGGGGAGAGUUGGGGCUGUCAGACUGAGUGAUAGGAAGAGGAGGAGACAGAAAACAGGUGGAGGAGAUGACAGUAAAGAGAGGAGCAAAAAGGGAAAUGAAGAAUCUUGAAUUGUAAUCUUUUUGUGCAAUAUCCAUUGUUUUUGUCAAACCGGGGCUUGAAAGGUUCACUGAAAAACUCAACAACUAAAAAAGGACAAUGCUACACAUCCGUCUUUCUCUCCUCUCUGGCCUAUGCCUUCACUUUUUUCUCUUCUGCACUGCCGAGGAAGGUCUAGAGUUCCCUAACUUUGAUGGAAAGGACAGAGUGCUGGACAUCAACGAGCGCAACUACAAGAAGGCUCUGAAGAGGUACGACCUGCUGUGUCUGUUCUACCAUGAACCUCUGCCUGCAAACAAGGGCCUGCAGAAGAGAUUCCAGAUGACCGAGCUGGUGCUGGAGGUAAGGAAGAAGUAGAGAAGAGACAAGGGGAUCAGAGAGCCAGUAAAUGUAUUGAUUUAUUAUGUGUAAAUCAGAACAGAUGCCUUUUUACAUACACUUUUAUUUAUUUGUUUUUUAAUCCACUACCACUCUACCUCCAGAAAGUGCAACAUCACUUACCAUGCUGUUAUUUUACCCUUAGUCUUUAUUGUUUUUAUUGUUUCUGUAUAUUAAAUACAACAGCAUCAUGCUGUGAUAUGGAAGCCAAGCAACGCCAUUUUGUUGCAGAGAGGAAUCACUGCUUUGUUUUAUUCUGUGCAAUGACAAAUAAAGAAAGUCUCAGUCUAAGUCUCAGUCUAAAGUCUGCACAUUUUGAGACUGGAGUGGAGUUUUACAUUUGCAAGUACAUCACGUAAGAGUUUUUAAUUUUAACAGAUAAUUGAUAAGGUUUUAAGUCCUCAUCAAAGGCUGCCACAGUGAUAACCCAUAAACUGUUUUAUUGAUGGUUUAUAGUUCAUAUAUUUAUAGUUUUAUUCCAGAUAAGUUUAUCAUAAAUCAGCCAGCAGUAUUAAGCUUUAAAUGUAUGUUUAUAAACCCUGUGCAAUAGGUGCAAACUACAUUAUAAAAAUAGUAAUAUGCUGGUGGUCUAUUUUACUUUUUUGUCAUAAAAAUGCACCAGUAUAAAUUUCAGUCCAUUUUAUCAUCAUCAAUAUCUCCUCAAAGGAGCUUUCAAUGUAAUUUUAGCCCCCAACCCCCAUAAUUUACAGUAAUUUUAACUAUAAACAGAAAAGAAGUUGGGAAAUGUCAGCUUCUCAAAAGUGAGGCCAAGCAUUUUGAAGCUUCUUUUACUGACUGCCUCCUCCAUGUAAACCGAUGGGACAUGGGAAAACUUUAAAAUUAAAAUCCUCAUUUAGUAAACUGUCUUAAUCUGGGUUUCUGUUGUUAAACUUGGUUCUUAUCAUGCAAAUUUUUGCCAGAAUGUUAAUUUUCAGAGUUUAGUAUCAAUUAAGAAAUGUUGAGCCAUAGAAAUUAAUUAAGUAUAAAUAAACCAGUUGCAUAAAUACAAAUAAUAAUAAUAAUAAAUUUGAUUCAUAACGCACUUUUACAGGUGCUCAAAGGCGCCUUACAAAGAAAAAGAAGAAAAAAAAAAAAAAUACAAUUUAAAAUACAGAAAAUUUUGAGAAAUAAAACCAACGAUGUAACAGAUUAAAAAAGACACAAUAUGAGACAAUAAAAGAACAGUUCACAGGUUAAAAGACAAUUUAAAAAGGUGUGUUUUUAGGAGUGGUUUAAAAGUAUGGGGGUCUGUACAGUCUCGGAUGGGUUUGGGGAGUGAAUUCUAGAGGGUGGGGGCAGCAGCGGAGAAGGCUCUGUCCCCCAAGUUCAGCCUAUAUGCGCUAUAGUUCGUUUUAUAGAAGCCUAAACGCCUUAAAAAGUGUUCAGUUUCUAUUAAUAACUGUUUUGCUACACUUUUCGUCAUUAUCUAGAAGUCUAUUUUUGAGAACUGUGAUAAAAGGUCAUUUUAUAUAUUUUCAAGUCAUUUUCUUGUCCAAUAAACAAGGUAAAGCCCAAAUAUAUCUAUUAUACAGUGUUUAAACUGUCAGCUUUACCCUGUAAAUGAUGGACAAUAUUUCAGUUUCCCCACAAACAAGAUCAAAAGAUUUGGAGCUUUUGUAAAGGUUCUCCAUGUUAACAGAUCAGAACUUUUUUUAUUACUUGAUUAUGCACUUGUUUCAUAUCAUGAUUGUCAAUCCUUAAUUAACUUUCUAUCUAACUUUUGCUUGAUUAUGGUGUCUAACCCCAAAAAUCAAGUAUUAAUGUUAACAUCAGAACUGUACCUUUCCAAGUCUGACCUCUUUAAGUAUAUUAUUUGUCAUGAUGAACAGACAUAUCUGAUGUCAGUGAUAGCACAAAAAUGUCUUAAUAAGCUACCGAUCCCCUUCAGGCGAGCCUCACUGCCUGUCAAAACAAGUCAUCGGAUAGUCAGCGAGCUCACCUGGUGGGAAAAGCAGACACUGAAUGCCUCAUACCCCCCUGACUUCCUGACAUGCUUAGCCAUUAUGUGAAGUUGAUGUUCAUUAUUUCCACUUUCUGAUGGUCAGAGUCAACAUCUAACCUGCAUUCUCUCCAAACUCACAGGCACUGAUUUAAUCCCAUUAUAUCCCCUCCUCUGUGGCUCAAACACACCCUGGGAUUGUUUCUAGGUCGUUUUGUUAAUUAUAGCGUGUUCCCAAAACUCUCCGUCUUUGAACUAGAAAUAAGUGGAUGUACUCCUGCAUGUUUCCUUCUUAUUUCCGAGCAAACAGUGUGAAAAGUUGACCAAUGUUUCACAUUUUGAAUUUAUCAACACCCGCCAGAUUUAUUCCAUUUUUCAUUCACUGUUUGAAAGCAGAGACGUGUUCACUCUAAAAGAAAAAAAAAACAAGUCUCAGCUGUGUGGAGAUAUUUCUAAAUCUGUUUCACUUUCUCAAAAGCUGGAAGGCGAGUGGUUCUGACUCACUCUCUCCAGUCGGACAGGAAAACUCCACAGGGGGCUCUCCACACACAGAUUUUGGUUAUCAAAAGAUGUAUUGAUGAAGACAGCAGCAGCUGUGGAUGCCAGCAUAAAUAUACAGAGUAAAAGUGCCAAGCUAAACGCAGAGUGCAAAUCCACUGAGGCUCGAUUUAACAAACUGGAUUUAAGAAAAACGUAAGGAAAGAUUAACGGGGAGUAUUAUCUCCUGAAACAAGUUUGACUUACAGCCAAUCGAAAUUGAGUAUUCACCUCUUGGGCUGCUUGAUUUGAAUUUUAAAGGUUUUUUAAAAUUUGUCAGAAGGUCGAAAUUUGCAUCAAAAAAGGGAAAAAAAAUUCAGCUUCAGAAACAGAUUAAAUGCUUUUCAUGUGUCACCUUGUGUCAGUUCAUGGUCAAAUUGCGAAAAAAAACAAACAAAAAAAAAACACGGACCUAAUUUAACUGGAACAAUUUAUGAUACAAAAAUUAGACUUUGUCCCUGAAGCCGCCUGGAUAUCAAAUAUUUAGCGAGAAAAAAAGUAUUAAAAGCAAAGAGGCUUUCAAAACAUCCAGUUUUGUCUGUACACAGGGGCGUGCCCAAGCUUUUUGGCUGGGGUGGGGUGGCCCAACCAGGGUCGAGGUGGCCAAAGUGUAUAUGGGCACACACAAAUUACAAUCUUUUUAAAUUUUAUUAUGUACUUGAACAACUAUCAUUUAAGUAUUCUACAAAUUGAUCAUGUUUUUAAGUGGUGGCACAUUCAUAAAUCUGUUAAGCUUGAUUCUUUGAAGACUUAACUGAAGUGUGCAGUUAUAUUUUCUGUGUCCUGACUAAUUUGUCUGUAAACGUCAAGCUCACAGCUCAGGUCCUGGAAGACAAAGAUAUCGGUUUUGGGAUGGUGGACUCCCAGAAGGACUCCAAAGUGGCGAAAAAGCUGGGUAUGACUUAAGCUCACCUUUGUUUUUAUGUAAUUCUCUGUGUUAAUUUUGCUUUCAUCUUGUGCAUGAAUAUUAAUUAUAGUGUCCUUGCUUAAUGUUAAACCUUGGGAUUAGCAUUCAUAAAGUCAUACCUUGCACUCCUGCUCUUUAAUCAGGUCUGGAGGAGGUGGGCAGCUUGUACAUCUUCAAGGACGACAGAGUCAUCGAGUUUGACGGGGAGCUGUCCUCGGACACACUGGUGGAGUUCCUCUUAGAUGUAAGAUCAGUUUGAUUACUGUAGUUUUCGCACUAUAAGGCGCACUUAAAAUCCUUUUUGGCUUGUCGGAGCACUGCAGCUACCGUAGCCUCGCGGAGUUAUUGACUGUUUUGUUUGGUUAAAUGCGCUAUAUAUUCCGGUGCGCCUUAUAAUCCGGUGUGCCUUAUGUAUAAAUAAACGCGUUCAUUGAUGGUGCGCUUUUUAAUCAGGUGCGCCUUAUGUAUGAAAAUAGACGUGUUUAUUGAUGGUGCGCCUUAUAAUCAGGUGCGCUUUAUGUAUGAAAAUAGACGCGAAUCGACGCUGCGCCUUUUAAUCCAGUGCGCUUUAUGUAUGAAAAUAGACGCUUUCAUUGAUGGUGCGCAUCAUAAUCCGGUGCGCUUGAUAAUCUGGUGCGCCCGAUGUAUGAAAAUAGAUGCAAAUAGACGCUUUCAUUGAUGGUGCGCCAUAUAAUCCGGUGCGCUUUAUAAUCUGGUGCGAUUUAUGUAUGAAAAUAGACGCAAAUAGACGCUUUCAUUGAUGGUGCGCCAUAUAAUCCGGUGCGCUUUAUAAUCUGGUGCGAUUUAUGUAUGAAAAUAGACGCAAAUAGACGCGUUCAUUGAUGGUGCGCCAUAUAAUCCGGUGCGCUUUAUAAUCCGGUGCGAUUUAUGUAUGAAAAUAGACGCAAAUAGACGCUUUCAUCGAUGGUGCGCCAUAUAAUCCGGUGCGCUUUAUAAUCUGGUGCGAUUUAUGUAUGAAAAUAGACGCAAAUAGACGCGUUCAUUGAUGGUGCGCCAUAUAAUCCGGUGCGCUUUAUAAUCCGGUGCGAUUUAUGUAUGAAAAUAGACGCAAAUAGACGCUUUCAUUGAUGGUGCGCCAUAUAAUCCGGUGCGCUUUAUAAUCUGGUGCGAUUUAUGUAUAAAAAUAGACGCAAAUAGACGCGUUCAUUGAUGGUGCGCUUUAUAAUCUGGUGCGAUUUAUGUAUGAAAAUAGACGCAAAUAGAUGCUUUUCAUUGAUUGUGCGCCUUAUAAGCAGGUGCACCUUAUAGUGUGAAAAAUUCGAUUAGUUAAGAAAAGUUUUUCAGCCCCUUGGUUUUGCAGCUACUCAGUGAAUCUUUCCGAUGAAAUUUUCUGUUUUACAUCGCCCCCUAGGUACUGGAGGACCCCGUGGAAAUCAUCAAUAACGCCAUGGAGCUGCGAGCCUUUGAGAGGAUGGAGGAAGACAUCCGACUUAUUGGCUACUUCAAAGGCGAAGAUAUAUGUGAGUUUACCUCCAAACGUACAUGUUAGCAUGUCUAUAAAUGCCUCUUUUAUUUCAGUUUUGGAGCGUUUUACAAGCUAAACACUAAACCCACGUUGUUUCUUUGGGCCCUCGCUGUGCUCCUCAGAUGCUAAUGGGAUUAAAAGGUUAAUGGAGCUGCAGUAUAUCACCAUGUAACUGGCUGUAAAAAGGAAACCUGAUUCCAGACUCUCACUUUGUCUCAUGAGAGCCUUUAAAUAGCUUCUAGUUCUCCGUCUAAUAGGUCAAACUGCAAUUAUAGUUCCCCUCAACAAAAGGAGGGAAAAAGAGAGACAGGAAAGAUGCGAUCUGGUCCAAUAUGAUGGUAGCAUGAAGUUUCAUUAUGGAGCUUAUUUCUGUCCAGAGAUUGGGCGCCCCGCGGUUGUGACCUUGUUGAGAGCAGAGCGAGCGAGAGCAGGUUACAGUCUUAUAAAACUGAAUUAAGCGAGACUUUGUUACUUUGGCGAGGAGAAUUCAACCAUGAAAGGAUAUUGAAUGAAGACUGGAUCAUACCACAGUUUUAGGCGAGAAAAUGUGACCAGAAUGUAAAUAAUUCAGAUUUUCACUUAAAAUCUGUUUUUACUUUUUGGUCUUUUCUGGUUUGACUUUUUUCCGUCUCUCAUUUUUACAGACUACAGAGCUUUUCAGGAGGCCUCUGAACGUUUUCAACCUUACAUCAAGUUCUUCGCUACAUUUGAUAAAUCUGUAAGUCUUAUUGUACUCAGAGGAGAAAUCUUAAUCAUCAGGGUUACAAUAUUUUACUAUUUUAGAGAUAAUUGAUUUUAUUUUCUAGGUUUACAGGUCAGCCCAUUCCCCACUUUAUCUUCUCUUUAAUUUUUCUAUAUAUUUUCUAUGUUAUGUCAGCUUUAUUGAAUAAUACAAACACUAUAGUUCGCUCCACAUACUGAUCCUUAAAUCUAAUCCUAAUCUGUUGUGUGUUCAGGUAGCCAAACAUCUCUCUCUCAAGAUGAAUGAGGUGAACUUUUACGAGCCGUUCAUGGAGGAGCCGGCCAUCAUCCCUGGCAGACCGCUAUCGGAGAUGGACAUUGUCGAGUUUGUCAACCAACACAGAAGGUUGAUACUGAAUUUAUGAUAUUAAAUGAUGUAUUUUAACACUGUAAAAACCUGGUUGAAAAUAUGUGAAAACGUUCUUUCUUUAGAGCCACUUUGAGGAAACUGCGUGCAGAGAAUAUGUUUGAAACAUGGGUGAGCUGUACUUUCUUUUAACCCCAAAGACUUGGCUCUGGAGAUAACUUUACACUGUAAAAAAUGUUUAAAAUUACAUUUGGCGUUUUGUUGGUCUCUGUUUUCAAUUUGUAGGAGGACGACAUGGAUGGAAUACAUAUAGUUGCGUUUGCAGAGGAGGAGGAUCCAGGUCUUCGCCCUUUUCCUCCUAUUUUUAGAAAUUUUUUACUUUUCAUUAAUUAAUUAAGCACUUGAUUGUGAGCUUAUGUUCCUCUUCUGUAUCCUCAUCAGAUGGCUACGAGUUUCUAGAGAUCCUGAAAGACGUGGCCAGAGACAACACCAACAACCCUGAGCUGAGCAUCGUAUGGAUAGAUCCUGAUGACUUCCCGCUGGUACCGACUUGUCGUUAGCUUAGCAUUUCUAGCAAGAUGAGAAACAUGAAUUGGAAAAUUAUUGGCUAAUUGAGUUAUCUCUUUCCAGCUGACGACUUACUGGGAAAAAACCUUCAAGCUGGACCUGUUCAGACCUCAGAUCGGCGUGGUUAACGUCACAGAUGUAGGUUCUUUUUCUGCAAGUUAAGCGCCGACAUAAAGUUCUGAUUUUAACGCUUACCUUGACUUGCUUUGUGGUUUAGGCAGACAGUGUGUGGCUCGACAUGUCCAACGACGAGGACCUGCCCACCGCCGAGGAGCUAGAGGACUGGAUUGAAGAUGUUCUGUCCGGCAGGGUGAACACUGAGGACGAUGACGAGUCUGCUGAUGACCACGAAAUCCCUGAUAGCUACGUCACAGAAGACAGCUACGAACAUCAAGACGGGGAAGAGGAAGAGGACAGUGAAGACUGAUCUGAAGGGUUGAGGGCUGUUUUCUGUCCAGACUCAGACUGCCAGUUGUUUGGUGCUGAAUGGUUAGCGUAAUCGUUUCUACACACAGUUUGAAUUAACGGGAAUAAAACAGUAAAAUAACAGCAAGCACAACAUUUUCAGCUACUACAGGCUACUAUUAGAUUACGUGUCUGUUAAUGACUUGACAUACUCCAUAUUUGAAGAUUUAGCUUUAAAGUUAAACCUAUUUGUUAAAGGUGGGGUAGGCAGGAGCAUCUUUUUUGUGGUGUAUAAACAAAAAAGCUUUUAAUAUCAGUCAAUAGCUAUAAGUUAUUGUUCACAUUUGGUAAUAUAAUAAUAUCACUGUGUUUCGUUCUCUCUGGUCUGUCUGACUGUAAACAAAGCCGUUCUCCACCUCCUCCAACCUGUUUGGUUGUGAGGCAGAUGCUGCUCCCUCGUGUCGUUCAGGAGUCCAAACAAAGUUAGCGUGCUACAAUAUCAGAGAGUAGAAAACAACCAGAAAGUACAGAAAAUUGUCUGAAUCCUCCUUUAGCCAUGACUGCCAACACAAGCAAGAAAACCAACUAAAUACCGGAGACUCUGGCGGUGUAACGGGCGCUUAAAAAGGAGGUAGACCAGACAAGAGCUAAGAAGCCGGGUCAACAAUGAUGGAGGAUGCUUCUAGAUCUUACGGACCCUGUAACCUUUCUGCUGGACAGGUAAACCGCUUUAACAAAGUAAGCCAAGUGUAACAGAAGUGUUUCUUGUCAAGCGGGACCUGCUGCAUGUUGUAGCACUGCUAAACUGUUUACCUCGGGUCCUGGACUAUGUCACUUUAUCCUAGUUGUAGAAGUCCUGCAAACUGUGUUUUCUGGUAGUCUGUUGGCAUCUAUAGUAGCACCAAUGCUGUUUACCUUCACAUUGACUGGGCCCCAUUUGUAAUUAUCUGCAUUAUAUCUGAAUUUCAUUAUGAGCGACAACAUGAGCGAGCAGCAGCGUCUAUUUGUGGGUGGGGCUUGCUGGAGUAGAGAGGGAGGGGAGAGGAGGAGCUGAGGGGAAAACUGGUUGGGAGGGGUAGAGUUUACAUUCAAGAUUUCUCCCAAAAACUGGCACUUCCUCAGAUCCUGCCUACCCCAUCUUUAAUGUGUAUUUUUAUUUCUUUUCUUUUCGUUUUUUAAGACCCUCAUUGGACAAACUUCAGCGUGGUACAUGUAAAUAAAUAAAACUUGUUGUAAAAGAAAAAAAAAACUUAUUUAAUGUGAAACAAAAGUAAUAAAAGCUCACAAGGACCAUGUGUGUGCCCUUAA